AUGUACUUCCUGAGGAGACUGCGGUCCUUUAACAUCUGCAGCAAACUGCUCUGGAUGUUCUACCAGUCUGUGAUUGCCAGUGUCCUCUUCUACAUUGUGGUGUGCUGGGGAGGCAGCAUAUCCAAGAAGGACACGUCCAGACUGGACAAACUGACCAGGCGUGCCGGCUCUGUGGUCGGCAUGAAGCUGGACUCUCUGGUGACGGUGGCAGAGGCGAGGACACUGAACAAACUGCUGGACAUCAUGAACGAUAGCAGCCACCCUCUACACGUCGUCAUCAGCAGCCAGAGGAGCCGGUUCAUGGUGAUCAUGUGCGCUGGAGCAGACAGGAUUCGAGAAAUCAUGCUUGCAGCACACAAGCAGCAGCUGACCAAUGGCAGUUAUAUGUUUUUUAAUGUUAAUCUCUUCAAUGCCUCUUCGUAUGGCAAUGGCUCUUGGAAGAGGGAGGAUGAGUUUGACGACGAUGCCAGACAAGCCUAUGCCUCCCUAAACACAGUGACACUACUCAGAACAGUCAAGCCAGAGUAUGAGAACUUCUCCAUGGAGAUGAAAAGAUCCAUAGAGGGACUUGGCCUUCACGACUGCAAUGACUGUGGAAAUGUUAACAUGUUUGUUGAAGGAUUCCAUGAUGCCAUGGUGCUAUAUUCCAUUGCGUUACAUGAAGGCAUGAAGAAUGGAUACUCAAAGACAAACGGUACUGAGAUAACCUCACACAUGUGGAACAGAACUUUUGAAGGAAUUGCUGGCCAGGUAUCCAUAGAUGUCAAUGGUGAUAGAGUCGGCGAUUUCUCUUUGAUGGCUAUGACCAACAUUGAAGCAGGUAGCUAUGAGGUGGUAGUCAACUACUUUGGGGAAAAUAAAACUUUUCAGCUGUUGCCUGCCUUCAACACUGAUCGUUUCACUCUGAAAAGAAGAAAGGAAGUCCCAAAAAAAGAAAAAGAAGUGGAAAAUCAUUCAUGUGGACUGGGAGUAUCAGCCUUAACUGGAGUCAUGGUUGGAGCUGUUCUUGGAGCUCUAAUGCUGAUAGCAUUCUACUUUUUCAGAAAAAACUACAGGAUAACUAUUCAGCGGCGUACACGUGUUGAAGAGCCUGAAUCCAUGAAGCACCAUCAGUUACGAGAGGACUCCAUAAGAUCAAACUUCUCAGCAGCUUAAGGACGAGUCCUGACAGAAGAUUAUAUAUGUGAAUGUGGAUAAAGUUUUUACUGUAUUUUUCAGUGAUUCCAUAUCCGCUGCAAUUUGACAUUUUUUGUUGUAUUUAGGACAGAUUUACUUUUUAGAACCUGGGACUGUUUUGACAGGUACACACCACAGUCACCUUAGACUUUCCUUAAACACACAAAGAUAAAGUUUGUGUACUGAAGAGUGCUCUAUGAAAAAAAGGUUUUCCUUUUGUGUAUGUGUGUGUUUUCCAUUGCUCAGGUUUUCAGUUUAUGAUAUUAUUAGAAUUUCUUUCUCUCUCUUAUUCUGGUGUAUUGCUCCUGAAAUAUAUUUUAUAAUACACAGAUUUAUUCUCUUCAACUGACUGUUUAAUAAAUUAAAAUUACACUGCCUGUUUCAAACUACAAAAUGUCUAUAUUUAUUUAUUUGCUUAUAGUAAAACUGUAUUGGAACUAACUUGGUUACUUUAUGGACCUUACCAAGCUCCGCCCACAACCGACCCAUUGUC